AUGGAGAACACCAAGGUUUGGGGCCACAGAUGGCGAGCCUCGCUCCCUUUUCUCAUGGUGUGUGUAUCUAUCGCGGGGUUUACUGAAACAUUUAGCUAUGGCUUCAUCGUUCCUAUCCUCCCAUAUAUGGUUGAGGACCGCAAUCACAUUGACCCUUCAAAGACACAACAAGUGACUUAUCUUUUGCUCAUGUGCUACGGCAUUGUGUCCACCAUUGUGUCUAUCUUCAUCGGUUCAUUAUUGGAUCGCUUCCACUCGCGGAAAUCUCCUUUGAUACUUUCGCUGGUAUUGACCAUUAUCGGAACUGUCCUCUUGGCCGUCUCUCGAAAUUUGGCCGGAAUGUUCAUCGGUAGAGUACUCCAGGCAAUUGGUGGAACCGCAGCAUGGAUCGUUGGAUUCGCUACCCUGAAAGAUGCGAUCGACAUCAAAAACAUUGGAAAAGUUUUCGGUGUCGUACGGAGCUGUGUGAGCCUGGGCGCUCUUGCUGGCCCAGCGGUCGCAGGUGUUUUACUUGAACUCAACGGUUAUUGGGUUACCUGGGGCAGUGUUCUGCUUAUCCUUGCAGUCGAUGUUGCGAUGCGACUUCUGAUGGUGGAGCAACGAAAACAGAAACCAAACUCGGAUGGACAAACCAGUCACGAUUCGGAGUCUACGGAUGAGACUUCUACUCUGAUCUCCGACGAUUUUGAACAACUCUCUGGCAAGGACACAAACGGGCCUACUGAAUCAUUCUUCAAGGUAAUUUGUUUGCAGCCGAGAGUUAUCACUGCUAUGCUAUGCUCGACUGUCUACACUGCGAUCCUCGCCAGUUACAGCACGACAAUCCCAGUUCAUGUGAAGGAUGCCUUUGGUUGGGGAAGCUUGCCCACUGGACUUUUGUUCAUGGGAUUAGAAGGCCCCAUCAUAUUAGCUAGUCCUCUCUAUGGCUGGCUUCGUGACAGGAUUGGCACACGAAUUCCUGCUACAAUUGGAUUUGCGCUCCUGGCCCCAUUGCUCUGGCUAGUGGGCGCUGCAGACCAGAAGGAGUUUCCUUGGUCAAGUCCUCAGAGCUCAGCGGAGGCAACAUAUAUUUCCGCAAUCGUUGCUAUUGGAUUUGUCACCAAUCUGAUGAGCAGUGUUUCAGCAAUUGAAAUAACUUGUGCUGUUGACGAGGAAGAGGAAAAGCGUCCGGGACUCUUUGGCCCUAACGGAGGUUACAAUCGGACUUAUUCUAUGUCUGCGCUGACCGCCUCUGCGGGAAUGCUGGUCGGGUCCUUCCUUUCUGGAUCCUUAUCAGAUGCCAUCGGAUACUACUAUAUGAAUUCUGUUCUAGCAACGACAUUCAUUCAACAACCAAAUUUCGAAUGA